AUGCAGCUCCUGUCUUUACUUCUGGUCUCUCUCGCACUUGCGCUGUCAAGCUCUGCAGCUCACGGCAAAGGCAAGCACCGCGCCUCCAGUAGUCCUCCUCCUCCUGCCUCUACGACUACCAUAGCUUCUACGACUACCAUAGCUUCUAUGACUACCUCAACUUCUACGACUACCUCAACUUCUACAAGUGCUCCUGUUUCCACCUCCACCACUGCUGGGAACCCCUCAUGUGCUCCUUACGUUGGCCCCACUCCUACUGCUGUGUCCAAAAGUGGCUCUGCUGCCUUCAUAGCUGAUGCCCUUCUUCAGCAUAACGCCGCCAGAGCCGCGUACGGUGCUCCUCCCGUCACCUGGAAUACCGCGCUCUAUCCGUCCACUCAAACCCAAGUUGAUGGAUGUGUAUUCGCACACAGUGUUGGCGGAAAUUGGGGAGAAAAUAUUUAUGUAGGAGGACCGCUUUCUGUCGAAAGUUUCCCCGUUAUGGAUGCCGUCAAUAUGUGGAUGGGCGAAGCAUCUGAUUAUGAUUACAACCACCCCGAAAAAGGAUUUGAUUUGGCUGGCCAUUUCACAACGGUUGUAUACAAGAGCAUGACACAGAUUGCGUGUGCAGUGGGUGUCUGCCCCGCUGGUACUAUCUACCCCAACGUAGAGUCUCAAUUCGUCAUGUGCCGCUAUACCGGAGGAAACAGCGAUGGAUUCGAUGUGAAUGUCGGAAGACCCGUGAACUGCACUCACGCCUAA